CUGCCCUCUCCCCAGCGGCUCCGAGAGUGGUACGCUCGGCGCUGCAGUCUCCGGAGUGGCGCUCCUAGUGUCGCGGACCCUGGUGCUGGAGGUGCUGCUGCUGCUGGAGGUGCUGCUGGCGCUACUGGAGGUGCUGCUGGUGCUGGAGCUGCUGGAGGUGCUGCUGCUGGCAGUGCUGCUGGCGCUGCUGGAGGUGCUACUGGUGCUGGAGCUGCUGGAGCUGCUGGAGGUGCUGCUGCUGCUGGUGGUGCUGCUGGUGCUGCUGGAGCUGCUGGAGGUGCUGGUGCUGCUGACGCUGCUGGAGGUGCUGCUGGUGCUGGUGCCGCUGGAGCUGCUGGAGGUGCUGCUACUACUGGAGGUGCUGCUGGUGCUGCUGACGCUGCUGGAGGUGCUGCUGGCGCUGGUGCUGCUGCAGCUGCUGGAGGUGCUGCUACUACUGGAGGUGCUGCUGGCGCUGCUGGAGCUGCUGGAGGUGCUGCUGCUGCUGGCGGUGCUACUGGCGCUGCUGGAGGGGCUGCUGGUGCUGGUGCUGCUGGAGCUGCUGGAGCCGCUGGUCCUGGAGGUGCUCGUACUGGAGGUACUGGAGCUGCUGGGACUGGGCCUGCUGAGGGGGUUGGAGCUGGAGGUGCUGAGCGGCCGCGGCCAUACUACGUUCCGCUCCUUCAGCAGGUUCUUGGUCUCCCGCCCUCUACUGGUCCUUCUCCUCCCCUACUGAGUCCACCGUCUGUCCAGUCGCAGUCACAGUUACAGUCUGCCUCUCCGCUGCCUGCCCCUUCUCCUUACACUGCGCCGACGGGUAGUCUUACUGAGCGUCGUGAGCCUGAGUCUCGUCCUCCGUCGCCUGAGUCUAGUCCUGCAUCUCGUGAGCCUCGUCCAGAGUCGCCUGUCCGCGCUGCCCGCACUCGUCGUCGUGUUCCGCGUGAGCGUCCUCCUCCUGUCCUUGGCACUCACUAUAUGACCCUGCGUCAUUCCACUGCUCCGCAGCGUGUCCCUCUGCCGUCUCCUCCUGCGUCCUCUCUUCCUGACGUUGCUGACCCGCCGUCAGACCUUACUCGUGCUGCUAGUCCUACUGUCGCGCGUCUCCUUGCCACUGUUGUCACUGACCCUACCUUUGAGUCCUCUGUUGCGUCUGCUCUAGUCGCUGAGCUUGUGGACUUUGCUGCCGCCUGUCGUCUAGACUACGCCGCUAGCCUUGUUGCUGAGUCUGAGUCUGUCUGUCCUCCGUCCGUCGGGGGUGAGUGUGCUCUUGGCACGGACGUCCUUGAGGACAGACAGGAGGAGUUUGAGUGCUUUGCUGCUGCUUUACCUCAUCUCGUGUCCAUGCUGAUUGCCCCUGAGGGAGACCCGGAUGCACCAGACAUCCCGACCCCACGCUCCUACGCAGAGGCGAUGGAGGGUCUCUACUCCUCUCAGUGGCAGACAGCCAUGGACGCAGAGAUGGCUUCCUGGAAGUCCACAGGCACCUACGUCGACGAGGUUCCCCCACCUGGGGCGAACAUCGUCAGUGGCAUGUGGAUUUUCAGGGUGAAGCGGCCGUCGGGUUCUCCGCCUGUCUUCAAGGCGCGUUAUGUUGCUCGAGGCUUCAGUCAGCGAGAGGGAGUUGACUUCUUCCAGACCUUCUCCCCGACCCCGAAGAUGACCACUCUUCGGGUUCUGCUACACGUCGCUGCUCAGCGUGACUACGAGCUCCACUCUCUUGACUUCAGCACUGCGUUCCUACAGGGCAGCCUACACGAGGAGAUCUGGCUGCGCCGCCCACCUGGCUUCACUGGGUCGUUCCCUCGUGGUACCCAGUGGAGCCUCCGGCGGCCAGUCUACGGUCUCCGCCAGGCACCCCGUGAGUGGCACGACACACUGAGGACUACGCUUGCGGCUCUUGGGUUUGCUCCUUCUACUGCUGACCCGUCGCUGUUUCUACGCACCGACACCACUCUGCCGCCGUUCUACGUUCUCGUGUACGUCGACGACUUGGUCUUUGCUACUGCUGACACUGAGGCACUCGCCCACGUGAAGUCGGAGCUGCAGAAGAGACACACGUGCACAGACCUGGGUGAGCUGACAAGCUAUCUUGGCUUGCGGAUCACCCGGGACAGAGCACAGCGCACCAUCACCUUGACUCAGUCACACAUGGUGCAGCAGGUCCUUCCUUCAGCGCUUCCGCUUCACGCUGAGAUCUACGCCACAGCCAUGGCUGCCCAGGAGCUACGCUGGCUCACCUACUUGCUGACCGACCUUGGAGAGCGGCCUCGUUCUCCUCCAGUGCUGUACGUCGACAACAAGGCAGCCAUUGCCUUGUGUCAGGAGCACAGACUAGAGCAUAGAACGAAGCACAUCGCUCUGCGCUACUUCCUUGCUCGAGAGCUGCAGCAGCGUGGUCAGCUUCGUCUUUCGUACGUGGCCACUCGGGCCAACACUGCUGAUGUGUUCACCAAGGCGCUUCAGCCUUGUGAUCAUCAGCGUUUCUGUACUGUUCUAGGCCUUGUGCCUACUGUCCCUCACUUGCUCACUUCUUGA